AUAUCAAUAAUAUAUAGAUAGGAGGAAGUUUCUCUUGGUCUUGGCGGGCGCUAACAAAUGCAUCCGUUGUCAAUCCAAUAAACUUUUCUCAAUCCCUAAUUUCAGUCUUGUUCAAUCUCCACAUACCAAUUUCAUUCAAGUUGUAACUUAUGGACACAGAUGAUACAUCGGCUGUGGAUCCCACAAGAAGGUGUCACCUGUGUCACAGAAUCCUUUCGUCAGAGACCGAGACCCACGGAUCACUUGAAUCAACGGGUAUAUGUAACAACUGUAACUUUUUGUUUUCCGAGGAUAAUAUCACAACACGAACACGGUACAACAACAGUCUAGAAUCUUUUGAAAAUAUGUUGUCACAGUUUCCAGAAUUACAGCCUACAACCUCUGACCAUGUGAAUCGAUCAAGACAGAGGACGAGAGUUUUAUUUGAAACUGUAACUGCCGAUUUCGAUUCUGUUCACAGGGAUGGUGAUAUAUUUCCGUAUGAUGCUUAUGAUAGUGAUUCUGAUGCUUCGGUUGAUGUUGAUACUUAUCUUAAUCACGACGACGACGAUGAUGAUGAUGAUGUUGAUGAUGGUCAUGAUGAAAACACGGUUGGAGGUUCAGUGGGUAGAAUUCAGUUACAUAGAUCAUUAGCGACUAAUGGACGAAAUCGCCCAAAUGAUUGGCUUCGCGAGAUUCUUUCUGACGAGGGCAUACGAAACAGUGAAAGGAGACGGCUUUUCAGUAUUUUGGAUGACCAAGUGUUGGAUACAUCGGGAUACGGAGACUAUGUUGACGUUGAGACAAACGGGUCUCGGUUAGGUGCACCACCUGCAGCCGAUUGGUUUGUGAAGAAUCUUGAACCUGUGAUUGUAGAUGAACCGGGUUCAGUAUGUGUGAUUUGUAAGGAUAAUGUGUGUGUUGGUAGUGUUGUCAACCGGCUUCCUUGUGGUCAUGUGUACCAUCCUUCAUGUAUCGUGCCAUGGUUGAAUGCACGGAACACUUGUCCUCUUUGUCGGUACGAGCUCCCGACUGAUGACAAGGAUAGAAGCCGUCAGGAAUCAGAAGUGCAGCGUGCGUUGGCUGCGAGUGGUGGGAGAAGAUGGUGGUUUGUGGUGGCUCCGGUCGUGAGUGUGGUGGUUAUUGCUGUGUUGUGGUUGGGGGGAGGAGUAUUUGGUGGUCAAAGGGAUGAUAGAAGUGUUAGAUGGUGGUCUCUUUUUGUAAAUGAGUAAUUACAUUUCUGGGUUGUGGACAAAUUUGAAAAACUUUUCGAUGUAUCAAAUAUAAAAGGUUAAUUAGUAAAAGGCUUGUUUAGUCCCUCUGCUUCAA